CCGCUCCGUGUGGCCACCGGGUCGGCGCGCGUUUGAAUGCCGAUCCGAUUCGCAAGGUUUUGCUGGCCUAAGGGUAUGCCUCAAGAUAUCUUGAUAAUCACUCAAAAUACUUAACAAGAAGACGUCGCCCAGCCAUGCAUACUACGUACUGCUAAAGGACCUAAUAAUCUGUCUUUGGAAUUCUUUUUUAAACUGAACGCUCAUCUCCCUAUUCUUGUUAUUCAUCAUUGCCCCGAACCAGAUACCUAGCCCCUACUUGCUAAACUCCUCGGACUAUUUCCCCGAACCCUCUGUUCUCAUAAUGCCGAACAAACAAUUUUACCUCCUUGGUGAGGAUGUUACGACAGCCAGAGAGAUCGACGUUGCAGUGGAUGCAGAGCUCACGGACCUGCAAGAAAUCACAGCCGCUUAUUUUGGCAUCGUAGAGCCCAAAGGCAUUUCAUUUUCAUCACAAAAUGUAAAUCUUUCUUCGGUCCAAGAAGUCCUGGCUGCAGUCGAAGCUGUCGCCAUCAGCAUUGAUGGCAGCAAGGUCAGGGAGGUUCCUGGUCCCAAGGGCCUACCGUACUUUGGCUCCUUCUUUGAGAUCUACCCAGACCAUCUCGGCAACCACCAACGGCUGUUUGACUUGUAUGGCGCCAUGUUCAAGACAAGCACUAUGGGCCGGACCAUCUAUCACACCAAUGACCCCGCGCUCGCCAGCAUCGCCUUUGCAGAGAGCGAGUUCUUCUCCAAGGUGAUCAACGAAGACCACCCCCUCUACCCGAUCAGGAACCAACAAGCCGGCGUCUUCCUCGGUGAUACCAACACCGAGGAGUGGCGCAUCGUCCACAAAUUCCUUCCGCCAGCUUUCGGACCCAAGGCGGUUCGGCAUUACGCCCCUACCAUGCAAAAGACAGUCGAAGACGCGUUCAAUGUAUUUGACGAGAUGGACGAGCGGAAUGAGGCUUGGAACGUCUACCCCUACAUGCUGAAGCUUGGAUCCCAGGCCGUCGGGAAGCUCGUUCUUGGCUUCGACUUCAACCACUUCACCGCGGUAGACGCACGCCCCCAUGAGCUCGUGAUGCUGAUAGCGGAAUCCCUGGAGCUCAACAAGAAGGUCGCAUCCCGGGGAGACUGGUAUGCGUCGCUGCCGUUUGGAGAUCCCAAACGGUUACGCGGCAUGAAAGAGCGCCUCGCGAACCUCAUGGAAGAGCCCAUCCAAAAAGCCAAGCGUGGCGGGAUCCAGGACCUUGACCUCCAAGAUGCUGCCCUCAAGGCAGAGAACAUGAUAGACUACGUCCUCCGCGCCACCGACAACAAGGGCAACAAACUCCCCAAGACCUCCUUCAUCGAGCCGCUGCUGGUAGCCACCGGCGCCGGCUUCACCACCACCAGCUCCCUCCUCUCAUGGCUCAUCUACGGCCUGGUCGCAUACCCCGGCAUGCAAGACCGGCUCCUCCAAGAACUCAUCGACAACGGCUUCGACGAGAACACGCAAAUCACCGCCGAGCUGACCAGCAAGCUCACCUUCCUCGACAAGUACAUCAAAGAGACCCAACGGCGCCACAACCCCUCCUUCCAGCCCGCGCGCACCGCCCUCCGCGAUCUCAUCCUCCCCGGCGGCUACAAGCUCCCCGCCGGCGCGGUGGUCAUCCCAGCCCUCCACCACAUCCACAACAACCCGGCCGUGUGGGACAGCCCCGCGCGGUUCGACCCGGACCGGUGGGACACCGACGCCGUGCGCAACCGCCACAAGGCCGCCUACAUCCCCUUCGCGACGGGCCCGCGCUCGUGCAUCGGCUUCAACUUUGCCCUGCAGGAGGUCAAGGUGUUUUUGCCCAAGUUGGUGUAUCGGUACAAGUUUGAGCGGGAGGAUGAGACCGAGACGGUCGAGUAUGAUCCCAUGUUUCAGCUGAUCAGGCCGAAUAAUUUGUAUGUGAGGGCUGAGAGGAGGAGGGAGUGGCCCGGGAAGAGUGGGGGUGGGAAGUGA